AUGCAAAAUUCGAAUAGUGUACCAAACUUGAGAGACCACUCUCAAUUUGAACAAGCAUUUUUACUUCCUCCUAACAAUAAAAUGAGUAGUAGUAAUAGAUGUGAUGAAAUAGGUGAAUCAUGUUUGGAUGGAUUAUUAUCAGAAUUAGGCGGAAUGAGGCUAAAUUAUCGUGCGUAUUCAGAUAGCUUGUUAUCUGAGCAGCAGCAGCAGGACGUACCUUAUUGGUUGAAAGAUCUCCUUGAUGAUGAUGACGAGGAGCCUGAAGAAGAAGAAAAACUUGCUAGCAAUGUAUGCAGGACUCAUAGAAGAUCAUCAAGUGACUCGAUAGCAUACUUGCAUAAUAAAAAUAUUCUUCAAGAACCUGAUAGGAAGGAACGGAAUAAUAACGGAACAAACCCACAACUCUCCUUUCUGCACCAACAACAUCCUAGAGUUGAUCCUUCAAAACGUGUCAGAAGGUACAUAUACAUGUCAUAUCUGGCCUGCUCAUUAUUGUUGAUGAUACUGAAACACUUGUUCUAUUUGGAUACAAUACAAUGCAGGCAUUCAGCUCAACAGUACCGGGCGAGGAAAGUUCAAUACAUUGGAGAACUAGAAAGAAGUGUUCAAUCUUUACAGGCAGAAGGAUAUGAAGUUUCGGCGGAGCUUGAAUUUCUUGAUCAGCAAAACCUGAUAUUAGGUAUGGAGAACAGGGCCCUCAAACAACGCUUGGACAGUUUAUCUCAAGAGCACUUCAUUAAAUGCUUGGAGCAGGAAGUGCUUGAGAAAGAAAUCUCAAGGCUUAGAAAUCUUUAUCAACAACAACAACAACACAGGCAGCAGCAGCAGCAGCAAAAACACAAUGGCAGAAAUCGAUCUAAACGUCAAGACAUUGAUUCCUCAAUUGCCAAACUCUCAUUGAAGAAUAAGGGAACAGAGUCAUCACAGAAAGCCAUAUAG